UGUCCCCAACCAAACACAACAUUCUGAUUUGUUGACAUUCACAUUCGCAUAUUAUCCUUCCUCAGUUUUCCUGUCUCUGUUGAAGCUUACAAGCUCUUCUGAUUCAUCUCAUCAUUCAUCAAUUCCUUUUCGUAUUCCUUUCUCUUCUUCGCUGCCAGCAAAAGUUGCUGGAUAAAUAUUGUGACUGCAGGUACACCUCUCAUAAUAGCAGGAGAUCUUGGUGGAGACUUAUUAGACAUUAAUGAAAUAGUGGUUAUUAUAAAUUUAUAAUGUCUGGACUUAUUGAAGGACUUCCUGAUGAUGUUGCAAUUAGGUGCCUUGCACGUGUUCCCUUCUACCUCCACCCAAAAUUAGAGCUCGUCUCUCGAUCUUGGCAAGCUGCCAUUCAUAGCCCCGAUCUAUUUAAAGCUCGGCAGGAGGUAGGCUCAUCGGAGGAGCUGCUGUGUGUCUGUGCUUUUGAUCCAGAGAACUUAUGGCAGAUUUAUGAUCCUCUAAGAGAUCUCUGGAUUACACUUCCUGUUCUUCCCUCAAAGAUCAGGCACCUCUCUAACUUUGGUGCUGUUUCUACUGCUGGAAAGUUGUUUGUGAUUGGUGGUGGAAGGGAUGCUUUUGUAGAUCCUCUGACCGGUGACCAAGAUGGAUGUUUUGCAUCCGAUGAAGUCUGGUCAUAUGACCCUGUAGUCCGGCAGUGGGGCCCUCGGGCAUCAAUGCUUGUUCGACGUUAUAAGUUUGCAUGCUGUGUUCUUAAUGGGAAAAUUGUUGUGGCUGGGGGCUUCACUAGCUCUGGAGAAUCAACAUAUCAAGCAGAAAUGUAUGACCCUGAGAAGGAUGUUUGGAUCGCGAUGCCUGAUCUUCAUCCUGUUUAUAACUCAGCCUGUUCGGGAGUAAUGAUUGGUGGGAAGGUGCAUGUACUGCACAAGGGUUUGUCAACAGUUCAAGUUUUAGACAAUGCAGGUGCUCGGUGGAUUCUUGAGGACUGUGAGUGGCUCCAAGGUCCAAUGGCAGUUGUCCAGGAUGCAGUUUAUCUGAUGAGCCAUGGACAUAUCCACAAGCAGGAGAAAGACGGGAUGAAGGUUGCAGUUUCAACAUCUAAGUUUGGAAGGAGAUUUUGGUUUGCAAUGAUUGGCCUAGGUGAUGAUUUAUAUGUGAUUGGAGGCCUCUCCUGCUAUGACGGCAUGAAGCUAUUAUCCGAUGUUGAUGUUCUCACGCUUGGGACUGAGAGACCAACUUGGCACCAGGCUGCUCCGAUGACACGGUGUCGUGGUAUAAUUCGUGGUUGUACACAGCUGAGAAUUUAGACCACCUCUUUAGGUAGCUAUUGUGUAUUUUGUGUUCAUAGGGGAUUUGUACCCUUCAACUAGACAUGAACAUUUUGUUGAUUACAUGCGGUGGUGAGGUUAGUAGUUUCUGUAUCUGUUCUGUUCGAAGCAGAACAGGCUAUAAAUAUAGAAUAAGGAUUGGUGUAGUAUUAGAAUUAUAUAUCAUGUCUUUUACGAUCAGUUAUGUUUCUAUUUCAUUAAAAUGUGUAUUAUACAUGCAAA